UGGCCGGCCCGUGACUCCAAAAGCCCAAAACAAGAACCCAACCGCGGCUCUACCAAGACAAACCACUUGUUCUUCUUUUCAGUCUGAGGUCUUCCAAACUUCCGAUUCAGCCGUUGAAAUCUCGCUCAAUUUCUCCUCUCCAUGGCUGUAGAAAAGGGAUCGAGGCCGAUCUUUCUGAAUCUAUCAUUUCUUUUCUUCUGCUUCUCUCUCAUCUCUUCGGCCCUCGCGAUCACGCCCGGGACUGGUGAUGGUUAUACCAUUAGUGGUCGGGUGAAGAUUCCAAGUGUUACUGAGAAAGGAUUUGGUGUUCUGGGGAAACUGUCAAAUGUCAAGGUCAUCCUUAAUGGUGGCCAGAAGGUCACUUUCAUCAGGCCUGAUGGAUAUUUUUCAUUCCAUAACGUCCCAGCGGGUACUCAUCUUAUCGAAAUGACUGCAAUUGGUUAUUUUUUUUCUCCGGUUCGUGUUGAUGUUAGUGCCCGAAACCCUGGCAAGGUUCAGGCAGCACUCACAGAGAAUAGGAGGGCUCUGACUGAGUUGGUUUUGGAGCCUAUGAGAGAGGAACAGUAUUAUGAGAUAAGGGAGCCUUUCUCCAUAAUGUCUGUUGUGAAAAGUCCAAUGGGUUUGAUGAUAGGAUUCAUGCUGAUCGUGAUGUUUGUAAUGCCCAAACUAGUAGAAAACAUGGAUCCUGAAGAGAUGCGGCGAGCGCAGGAAGAAAUGAGAAACCAAGGGGUUCCAUCCCUGGCAAGCUUGUUACCUGGAGCCGGAGGAGGUGCAAGGGGCUAGGCACAAUGCGGGAUCUAGCGCGCUAAUGUUCACAGGCUGAUUUAGUAGUGAAAAUUUCUAGUUGCAAAAGGAACCUGAUUGCCAAGUCUCUGACCCAAAUACAUCCUCUAUUGUUCGUGGGAAAUUCGGGUGGACUAGUAUUUGUUCUUUGUGAAUGACCUGAAGAAGAUGUCACAAAUUUUUGUCUCCUUGUAAGCCUGUUAUUGUUAUUGAACAUGCACUUGUGUCAUUGAGCAUUUGCCAAUUUCAAGUCAUUCUUCUCAA